AUGCCCGAUAUGCAGCGGUGGCGCAGGCGUGGCCUUUGUGCCCUGUGUGCGGGCCUCUGCGCGGGCUCCGAGCUCUGGUCGCACGCCUGGACUCUGCCAGUGGAGGGACGUCGGCGAGACGUCCUUUGUGUGGGUCCUGCUGUGGGCCUGGCUGCCACUCCAUGGUCUCUGCCAGCUUCCGCCGCGGAGAAGACCGCCCUGCAGCUGCGCUUCAAUGGCACAGAGGUCGACAAGCUUCCGAGUGGGUACAUUCCAGGCUGGGGUCCUGAUGAUUUGUAUUAUCCGGAGUGGAUGGAGGGCCGCUGGCGCGUUGAGCAGACGCUGGAAAGCUAUGCUGCCCCGCUGGGGAAGCAGUUCCUGGCCAACGGCCAAAGUGCAGUGGCAAACAAAGUCCUGUCAGAGCAGCAGAACCAGCUCGGGAAGACCGUUGACUUUGAACUCAGGUACCUUCGAACGCAGAGGAACAACAUUGUAGAAGACCGCGCCUACAACACCAGAGCGAAACUGAAUGCCUUUGCGGGGCGGGAAGUGGUGAAGAAUGUGGAGUAUGUCGAGGUGCAAGACAACACGCGUGAACUUGCGACGCGAGCAGGGAACGGGGAGUUAGAUCCUCUGCGGAACGUGCUGGUGAACUUCAAAGGAGCUGUCCAGAAAAUUUUUAUUACGGCGUUCCAGACUGAGUUGUCCCCGGAGAACGACAUUUGGCGAGGUGUCGCCAGUACGCGGACGCUCUUUGCUGCGCCUGGGGCCGGCUACAACCCACUGACAGUAGAUGAAGAAGUUGUUACAGCCUUGAAGAAGACGGACACCGGCGUCCGGGGACGCCUUCGGCUCCUCGGGUUUCUGAAUCCCAAUGACGAGCUCUUCUUCAAGGCUGGCAAUCGUGCCGUCAGCAUUGCCGAUUACAGCCUCAAGUGUACACUCGAAUCGAGGAAUCCACAGCGUAGACAGCUUCGUAUCACGAGCGCCGGAUCUGGUGGCCUGGUGGCCUGUGCUCGGACAUGGAAGACGACCAAGCGAAGGAGAGGUGAGUGCGCUCUUUGCCGCCAAUCUCUGCGCCGGGAGCCAGGGCUGGAUGAAGUGCUGCGUGUGCGCGAGCCCGGUGCAGUGCAGCCCGGGGAGCGCGAGGACGCGGCCGACGGCGCUCAUUUCCGGCUCUUCCCAGUGAGAAGCUUUCGCGAGGAGCGCCAGCGCUGGGGUCGAUUCGGGUCGAAGCUCUUCCACGUGGUGCGCAAGCUUCGCGACAUCGCGCAGGAGGACCCGACGGCACGGGCUAUCGUCUUCGUGCAGUGGGCCAGUCUCCGGCGGAAGCUGGCGGCUGCCUUCGCAGAGUUCCAGGUGCCCUACGUCUGCCUGGAGGAGCGCUUCGAUGCCUCCAACAACCCAGUACUGCACAGCUUCUGGGAACGCGAUGAUGCGCUGGACUCAGUCUGCGUGCAUGGGCCGCUUCGGAAGGGAUUGCGGAGUGCUGAGGUCGUCACGAGCUUUCAGGGAGCCCCGCUCGAGUCAACGGAGGGGCCGAAGGUGUUGUUGCUUUCCUUGCAAGAUGCAGCAUCCGGCACGAACCUCACUCGAGCGAACCAUGUGCUCUUCGUCCAUCCCGUCUUCGCGUCCUGUUCCCGCCUGGCCGUGGCCUACGAGACGCAAGCGCUGGGCCGCUGCCUCCGCGUCGGGCAGACGAAGCGGGUCUUCCUCUGGCGAUUUGUGACUCUGGGCACCGUGGAGGAGGAGCUCUCCUACAGGCACCAGGCAGAGCUCUGGCAGCGGACCCCGGAGCUCCUCGCGAAGCGAGCGCAGACCCAGCAAGCUCGAGCAGUGCGCUCGGCCGAGCCGGAGAAGGCCAAAGCCUCAGCCCUGAGUGACGAAGAUGUUGACCUCGACGACCUCUUCUGGGGGCACGAGCUGUGUAGGAGCUUGACUCAGGUGGCCAGAUAUCAUGAGGCCUUGAUCAUUGGUGUCAACUACGCAGGCUCGCAUGCUCCACUCAAGGGUGCCGUGAACGAUGCCUGGAACCUCAACGCGGUAUUGAGGCAGUCGCUGCUCUUCGAGGAGGACCAAGUGCGGCUGCUUGUGGACGACGGGGAGCCGGCCAAGCUGUCGCAGGUGCACGUUGACGAGGGUCGCAUCGAGUCCAGUCGCGUGAGUCGCCUCAUUCACCGAUUGCAGGUUCCUUCCAAGGACAACAUCCUAUCCGGCUUCCAAUGGCCUGCGACCCAGCAGAGUGAAGUGGGAAUUGCGGAUUGGAUGCUCGAAUCUGAGCCCAGGGAGCACCAGGCGGUGAAGUUCACAUAUGACUGUGAGCAGGGCCGCUGGGAGGAGCAACCUGUGCGGAUACGCCUGGACCCGGAGCCAUUCAGUGAGGGUGGCAUGCGAGUGGUCUACCACGCGCGGGAACUGUUGGAAGAUGGCUGUGAAGUGGAUGCGGUCCUUAAGAGGAUAAAGCCUCACUGCGGGCUGGACCCAGAUGUGAACUACCAUGAGGCGAUGACCCAGAUGGUCGCAGAGUGCUAUGCACAAGAGUUCAACAAGUGGUGCUCGCAUGCAGGGCUGCCUUACAGCAUUGCAUUCCUGCCAGUAUCCGUUGUCAAGAUGGAUGAAUUUGAAGAGCCGCUUUGUUUGGAACCGUACUUGGCCGGCGAUUAUGUGAAGCACAGUGACAAUGCUGGCCAUACGGAGACAGACGACGAGGUGGCAGCAGCGUUUUCCUACUUCAGCUACAUCAUCUCCGACAAGCUCUUGGUGGUUUGCGAUAUUCAGGGUGUUGGUACUUUCUACACCGAUCCCCAGAUACACACAGCCGACGGGGUGGGAUUUGGGGCUGGCAACCUGGGAGCAGAUGGCUUGCAGCGCUUCCUCCGGACCCAUCGGCACAACCUGCUCUGCGAACAGCUAGGCUUGCCGAGCCCCGACGAAGGCCUCUCCGAUGAGGAGCUGGCGAGGAAGAUUCAGGAUCUGGAGCGAGAAGACGCGCAGUCACAUCGCGAGCCGGAUGCCCUUGUCACGCUGGUGAACGGGAAUCUUGGGCCUGAGGGAAUGUCCUCCUCCUCAUGGAAGCACUCGCAGUACAGUGAAGGCCUGACAGCGAUAACGCGGAUAUUCACGCGUCGGCUGAUGGACGGAGCGCAACCUGGAGACAGUUUGGUGCUGGCUUUCUCUGGAUAUGGCACCCAGCACCCGAAGGAUGCCGAUGGAAAGGACUGCGAGGCUUACCUGGUGCCCUCCGACUAUGCCGAGGAUUUGCCAGAGGAGUGGUGGUCCAAGGCCAAGAAACCUUCAGCCGUGCAGAGCAAUGGCCGGCAGCCAAACGGAAACCCAGCUCCUGGGCCCCCAGCAGGGGCAUCUUACCGGCUCAUCUCCAUGCUUGAGUUGAACCGGUUCAUCACCCAGAUCCCCGCUGGAGCCACACUGACGACCAUCCUGGAUUGCUCCUAUCCGAUCAUUCCGGGCGUGAGCCCAAGCUGCAACCUGUCACCGACCUUUCCAAGGGUCACGCGAGGUCGUGUGGACUACGAGAGGCUCUUCGACUUCGUGAGCCGGCCGAGGUUCUUGGAGCUGCCUCCGCUGCCGGUGCAGCACACGCUGCCGCAGGUCUGGCGCCCGCAGACCUUCCCGUCCUGUCGCCUGCACGUCUUCAGCGCCUCCAGGCUCCAGGAGUGGCCCUCGGAGCUCCCGUUGGAGGGGACCGUGCAGGGUACUUUCACCUGGUCCUUCGCGAAGGCGCUGGCCGCAGGAAAGCUUCAAUGCACGGUCGGCCAGCAGCAGCAGGCCAUGGAGGCGAUCACUGUUGGACUGAAGGAGCAUUUUCAAGGAGUCGAGCAGACACCUGUUUUGAUGCUUUCGCAGGCUGCGAGCUCCAACGAUACCGUGUUUGCAUGA